AUAUACACAAAAAUCAACAAUUACACAUCCUAUGAAGCAUAGGAGGGCGACUGGGCGAGGGAGAAGAAAAUCCAUGCAGUAAACAGUGCUAAACACAGUCAAAUUUGGUUUCUAAUCUAUCCGUAACUUCACGCCGUUUUGGUAACGUCGAUCUCCUCAACCGACUCUAAACCAGACCUAUUCUCCUCAACCCACUCUCUAAACUCAGGCCAAACCUUGACCGGACCUCUACUUGUCGACGUCGGAGCCUGAAUCGACAGAGAAUCUCGUCGACGCCGGCGCCUCGGCUUAGAAUGAAGCCAUGGACCACCGUGAGCGAAUCCGAAGGGUCGCCCUCGAUGCGAAGGGGUAAACAUAGAGAUCAAAGAGGGAAAGAGAAGCCAAAAACUGACAUGUCUUCAGCUACAGACAGUGCGUCAGCAGCUGUAGCUGAAGCUGUCAGUAGUAGAAUGAGUGGGCUCAAUAUUGCUAGUGGAUCUACUGCAGUGGAAGUUGAAAAUGCACCUACUGAUGAAAUGGUCCAGGGGAACGGGGUUGAAACAGCAGCAGCUCAGAUAACUAGUGCUGGUUUGAGUAAGUUGUUCCGGGGAAAUCUGCUUGAAAAUUUCACUGUGGAUAACUCCACGUACUCACUUGCGCAAAUAAGAGCUACGUUCUAUCCAAAAUUUGAAAAUGAGAAGUCAGAUCAAGAGGUUAGGACAAGGAUGAUAGAGAUGGUAUCUAAAGGCUUGGCUACUGUGGAGGUUUCACUCAAACACUCUGGGUCUCUUUUUAUGUAUGCCGGUCAUGAGGGUGGAGCAUAUGCGAAAAACAGCUUUGGGAAUAUAUACACUGCUGUAGGUGUUUUUGUUCUUGGACGGAUGUUUCGUGAAGCAUGGGGAACUCAAGCAGCAAAAAAGCAAGCAGAGUUCAAUGAUUUUCUUGAGAGGAACCGCAUUUGCAUAUCAAUGGAAUUGGUAACUGCUGUUCUUGGAGACCACGGACAACGUCCCCAAGAAGAUUAUGUGGUAGUAACAGCAGUCACGGAAUUGGGCAAUGGAAAGCCAAAGUUUUACUCUACUCCUGAAAUAAUUGCUUUUUGUAGAAAAUGGCGCCUACCAACAAAUCAUGUGUGGUUGUUCACAACAAGGAAAUCAGUGACUUCAUUUUUUGCUGCCUAUGAUGCUCUUUGUGAAGAAGGAACUGCAACAACUGUAUGUAAGGCUCUUGAUGAAGUUGCAGAUAUAUCUGUGUCAGGUUCAAAAGAUCAUAUAAAGGUGCAGGGUGAAAUCUUAGAGGGUCUUGUGGCUCGUAUUGUAAGCCAAGAGAGCUCCAAGCAUAUGGAGAAAGUUUUAGAAGAAUUUCCACCUCCGCCAGCUGAGGGAGCUGGCCUUGAUUUGGGACCAAGCCUUAGAGAAAUUUGUUCUGCAAAUAGGUCAGACGAAAAGCAGCAAAUAAAAGCACUUCUUCAGAGUGUUGGCACCUCCUUUUGCCCCAACUAUACAGACUGGUUUGUGAAGGAAGGUGGUGAGGCCCAUUCAAGAGAUGCUGAUAGAACUGUUGUUUCAAAAAUUUUACAAUCUCAUCCUGCUGAUUAUUCAACCACCAAACUCCAGGAAAUGUUACGCUUGAUGAGAGAAAAGCGGUUCCCUGCUGCCUUUAAAUGUUACCCUAACUUUCACAAAAUUGAUUCCAUUUCAAGGGACAACCUUUUCUACAAAAUGGUCAUUCACGUCCACGGUGACUCUGCCUUCCGGCGAUACCAAAAAGAGAUGAGGUACAAGCCAGAAUUGUGGCCAUUAUAUCGAGGUUUUUUUAUUGACAUCAAUUUAUUCAAGGCAAACAAGGAGAGAGCUACUGAAAUUGGUAAAAGCAGUAAUAUCGUAGAACACAGUAGCAGUAGCACAUCGGCAAAAGAUGGACUCGCUGAUGAAGAUGCAAAUUUAAUGAUCAAAUUGAAAUUUCUUACUUAUAAGUUGAGAACCUUUUUAAUACGCAAUGGCUUGUCGAUUCUUUUUAAAGAAGGUCCAGCUGCUUACAAGGCAUAUUACUUGAGGCAAAUGAAAACGUGGGGCACUUCAACAGGAAAGCAGAGGGAACUCAGUAAGAUGCUUGAUGAAUGGGCUGUGUUUAUACGAAGGAAGUAUGGACAUAAACAGCUAUCGCAAUCAACAUUCCUUAGUGAAGCUGAGCCUUUUCUCGAACAAUAUGCAAAACGGAGUCCACAGAAUCAGACUCUGAUAGGUUCUGCUGGUAACUUGGUAAUAGCUGAAGAUUUCUUGGCCAUUGUUGAGGGAGGCAUGGAUGAAGAAGGUCAUCUUGAGACGGAGUGGGAGUUAGCACCAUCAAGCCCGAGUCCCUCGGCAAAGGAUAUUGUUCCCAAGAAAGAGGGGCUGAUUGUAUUCUUUCCAGGAAUACCUGGUUGUGCUAAGUCUGCACUUUGCAAGGAAUUACUAAAUGCACCUGGAGGGCUCGGAGAUGAUCGACCCAUCAAUAGUCUCAUGGGUGACCUUAUCAAAGGAAGAUAUUGGCCUAAGGUUGCUGAUGAGUGCAAGAGAAAACCAUACUCUAUAAUGCUUGCAGACAAGAAUGCACCAAAUGUAGAAGUAUGGAGACAGAUUGAAGACAUGUGCCGCAGCACCAGAGCCUCUGCAGUUCCAGUUGUAUCUGAUUCUGAAGGAACUGAUUCAAAUCCAUUUUCUCUUGAUGCAUUAUCUGUUUUCAUGUUUCGUGUGCUUCAACGAGUUAAUCAUCCGGGAAAUCUUGACAAGGCAUCUCCAAAUGCUGGCUAUGUGCUGCUAAUGUUUUAUCACCUUUAUGAGGGCAAGAGUCGCAAAGAGUUUGAGGGUGAACUAGUUGAGCGAUUUGGCUCACUUGUGAAGAUGCCAUUGCUGAAAUCUGAUAGGAGUCCCCUACCUGAUCCUGUGCAGUCUAUUUUGGAGGAGGGAGUAAAUCUAUACCAGCUUCACACUACCCGACAUGGAAGAAUAGAGUCUACCAAGGGAUCCUAUGCAAAGGAGUGGUCCAAAUGGGAAAAACAAUUGCGGGAGGUUUUAAUCAACAAUGCCGAUUAUCUUAACUCUAUACAGGUUCCUUUUGAGUUUUCUGUCAAGCAAGUGUUGGAACAACUACAAAAGAUUGCUAGUGGUGAUUAUAUGACACCAGAUACUGAGAAGAGGAAGUUUGGAACCAUUGUUUUUGCUGCUGUUGGUCUGCCUGUUACAGAAAUCCAAAGCCUCCUUAAUAAUUUGGCUGAAAAAAAUCCUGAGGUUAAGGCUUUCCUGAAGGACAAGGAUAUGAUGAAAACCCUAAAUAAGGCUCAUGUGACCCUCGCACACAAGAGAAGUCAUGGGGUUACAGCUGUAGCUAGAUAUGGCAUCUUCCUUCAUGAAAAAGUCCCAGUGGAUUUGACUGCUCUGCUCUUCUCUGAUAAAACAGCUGCAAUCGAAGCUUGCCUCGGUUCUGUAAAUGGUGAAAAAGUUGUUUCCAAAAACGAGUGGCCUCAUGUUACCAUAUGGACUGGAGAGGGAGUAGCAGCCAAGGAAGCCAACACAUUGCCACAGUUGCUUUCGGAGGGGAAGGCAACUCUCAUUCAAAUAAACCCACCCAUCUGCAUAUUCGGCACAAUGGAAUUUUACUGAGUCGUUCUCCUUUUUUUCAUCAUCGAAUUGCUUGGGGCAGUAAGUUCAAUACACAAUGGUAUAGAAAUAGCUAGGGAAUUAACUUUGAAAGGUUAUGAGUUUUCGAGUGUACUAGGUAAAGGGAAGGAGAAAGUUUUGGAAGAUUUGUGGAAAUUUUGGAUUUAAAAGCAUUUAAAAUAGAAGAGACCUAAGAUUGAAUUCUUCAGUGACUAGAGUGUGUAUGACUUUCACUCAAUGAGAAGUCCAGACAAUCUUUUAUGACCAA